AUGGGCAACUUCUCAGUCAUCACUGAAUUCCUCCUCAUGGAGUUUUCCAGAGUAUGGGAGCUGCAGGUCUUACAUGCUGUGUUGUUCCUGCUGAUAUACCUGGCUACCAUGAUGGGGAACCUUCUCACCAUUGCUGCAAUUCUUAUUGACCCACACCUUCACUCUCCUAUGUAUUUUUUUCUGAGCAACUUAUCCUUGUUGGAUAUCUGCAACAUCUCAGUCACCCUUCCUAAGUUCAUCAUAAAUUCUUUGAUUGGCAGUCAAACCAUCACCCUCCUUGGCUGUACUGCUCAGGUCUUCUUCUUUCUCUUCUUUGCAACAACAGAGUUUGCUGUGUUAGUGGCCAUGUCCUAUGACCGCUUUGUGGCCAUUUGCCACCCUCUACACUAUGGCCUCAUCAUGAUGCCAUCCCGUUGUAUUUGGGCAGCAGCUGGCUCAUGGCUCAGUGGGCUGAUUUAUUCUGCUGUACACACUGGGAACAUGUUUCGCCUGCCCUUCUCGGGCUCCAAUGUGGUCCACCAAUUUUUCUGUGAUAUCCCUCAUGUCUUGAAAGUCUCAUCCUCUGGUGUGUAUCAGACAGAGUUUGUAUUAAUUAUAGCAAGUUUAUGUUUUUUGUUAUCUUGCUUUGCUUUUUUAAUUGCAUCCUAUGUGCGCAUCUUUUCCAAUGUGCUCAAGAUUCCUUCUGUGGAAGGUCGAUACAAGGCCAUUUCGACCUGCUCCCCUCAGUUGAUGAUCCUCAUCUUAUUUCUCAUUUCUAUAAUGAUUGCAGUCCUCGGGGAUACAUCAGACACAUCACCUAUUCAAAACCUUUUUGUUGCAAUGGUCUAUGCAAUAUUGCCCCCAUUGAUAAACCCUAUCAUCUACAGCCUGAGGAACAAGAAGGUCAUAGCUGCCAUGGGCAAGAUGCUCAGGAAGAUUUUUUCCCUAAGCAUGAAAUAUUCAUCCUUGAAAGCAUCAAAAAGCUAA